AUGGAUUGUACGACAUCAUCAUCGUCGAGUGGCAUGCGCGGUGGCAUAACAACCGUGUCGGUAGCCGUCACAGGUCUGGAUCCGAAGCCGCUCCUCUCAGCAAAGAAGGUCCGUCCCAAACCAGCCUCGCCCAACCGACAAGGCCCGCAGCAGUGUCAAGUGUGCAACAAGAUCUUUGGAAACGCGUCUGCACUGGCAAAGCACAAACUAACACACAGCGACGAGCGGAAGUACGUGUGCAUCACCUGCGCAAAGGCGUUCAAGAGACAAGAUCAUUUAAACGGCCACAUGUUGACGCAUCGCAACAAAAAACCGUAUGAGUGUAAAGCGGACGGAUGCGGCAAGUCAUACUGCGACGCGCGAUCUCUACGCCGACACACCGAAAACCACCACCAACCGCCAGCGGAAAAUAGUGCAACCACCGGGACCCCGAACCCAGAGCGGGAGUCGAACUCGCAGCGCGUGUCGUCCCCCACCUCGCCGGCACGCAACCACCCCCCGCACUCUGAUUCGAGCAACUCGGGGUCGGAGAAAUCGCAUGGUACGAACACGAGCGGUAGCGGGGGCGGGAGUGAUUCUAGUCCGCCGAGCACUCCGCCUGCGCCUGUCGCGCCGGUCGCGCCCGCGCCGCCGCCGCCACAGCCCACGCCGCCCGCCAGACCCAAGGCAACCAAAUCCAGUAAUAAAUCAAGAUCAAACAAUUCGACGCAGCAAGGGAGCCAGAAAUGUGUAAGUGGCAGUAACGCGAGCGCGGUGACGAGCGGAGCGGCGAGCGCGGCAGCGGGAGCCGGCCGCGUCGGCGACGUCAAACAGGUCGAGUGCAACCUCUGCCAUCGCAAGUUCAAGAACAUACCCGCCCUCAACGGGCACAUGCGCUUACAUGGAGGAUAUUUCAAAAAGGAUUCAGACAGUAAAAAAUUAGACAAGAAAGAAGCCACGGGUCCUCCUUUACAAACCGCUUCAGUGUCUGUAAGGGCAUUAAUAGAAGAAAAGAUUAUCAGCAGGCGAGGUGCAGCGUCUUCGACACCUUCUAUAAGCACAAGUACUGAUGCGGUUGCUCCUCGUACGGGGUUUGUCGCCCCGGCACCGCCGCCGCUGUCUUCGAUCCGAACGUCCGUUGCAUCACCCGCAUCGCCAGUUACCACAACACAUUUUGUAUCACCUCGGGCGCCACCCGUAGUCACCGUGGCCACGAAUUUAACUAACACCAUUAAUGUUCAGAGAGAUUCAACGUUAAUAGAGUUGCUGAAAAAAAGCAAUACAAAGGCAGUGAAAAGGUCAGCAUCAGAUCCGGGACAGGCGUCACCACAACAAGAAUUUACGUUUCGUCCAGAAAUAUUUGGAGUGUCGUUUAACUCUGACGAUGGAUAUUUUUCUCCCGCAUUAAAUGAAGAUACUUUCCAAUUUACGACGACACCAGACAAUCUAGAGGAAUUAGCAUCGUUAGAAGACUACGCCACAGUAGCAGCAUCUAUAAGGGAACGGUCGCCGGUCACUUUUCCAUCAAAUAGGCGGCUCGCUGCAGUUCUUAAUUCGCCUUUACCUGAAUCUUUAGCUGAUUUUGGAGCUUGUCAUGGUGGAUCACCAGUGCAUUCUCCUGGUAUAGGAUAUACGGCAAAUUCUCCGGGAUUAUCGUAUACUACUGGAGAUUCUCCAGGACUGGCGUACACAGCUGCUUCCCCUGUGGGUAGUUAUUCAACGCAACCUGAACCAUCGCCCGGUUUAGCCUACCCCACACCUCCAGCGUCACACGAUGCGCAGUCCCCGGCACAUACGGUUCCACGGGCGUCGUCACCACUCUCCGCUGCUUUCUUCACUGCCACAAUGUCUAGUCAAGAAGAGGUAGAGGAAGCGUUAGAAGAAGUAUUACCUGAAGAAUGUAGAUCACUUGAUGCCUAUGCCUUAGAACCUACACCGACUCCGCGUCGUAUUAUGCUUAAUUCAGAGGAUCCCUUAUUAUCGAGCAGUCCACGAGACUUUUCACAUCGUCUCGUGCGUCGGCAUAACCGACCUUCCGUGUCUUCAUUAACGCAUCUGCAGCAAUGGCCUAAUGACUCUUCGCUACAGGUGUGCGUCGAGGGUCGCGACACAGUACCGGCGGUGUUCCUGAGCCCGAGCAGCGUGCCCGCGUCACCGCAACGGCGCAAGCGGCGCGCCUCGCCCGCCGGUCCGUACCGCUCGCGCAUGAGCCGCAUGCGCCGCUCGCACCACUAUACGCCACACCCCAUCUUGCCGCCCGAGAGAGACGGAUCUGGAUUGUUCACUGAACUCUCAGCCGUUUUAGGUCAAUCAUCAUCAGAAAGUGAUGUAUUAUCGCAAUUAGAAGAGCCACGUCUACCUCAAAUCAACAUCGGUCCGGACUAUCAGGCGGAUCUGCCUGAGCUGUGCAACGAUAGAGUCGACCUACAUCGAGCGCCUGAACAGCUUCUAUGGGACCCUGGCAUUAACGAUGCCCUAGAUGAUAAUGAAGUUCGCAUGUUCAUGGAGCUGGCGAUGUGCGCGGCGAUGCCGGUGGGGGGCCACACGCGGGAGUUCGCGCUGCAGACACUGGGCGAGUGCGGCGGGGACAUCCGCGCCGCCACCCUGCGCCUCAUGUCCAGGCCGCCCGCGCCCACCCAGUACGAGUCCCGCUGGACUCCGGACGAAGUGGAGGCCUUCCUAGCGGGACUCGGACACUACGACAAGGAUUUUUAUAGAAUUUCACAACUCGUACGAACAAAAGAUUCCAAACAAUGCAUACAGUUCUACUACUUUUGGAAGAAAGUCACCAAAGACUACAAGACGCUGUACUUACGAAGCUGGAGUAUGGAGCAGCAAGCCUCGCAUGGUUCUGUACUUGUACCGACACAAAGCGCGGCUUCGUGUACCUCAUCGCCAACGUCGUACGAAAGCGAGGAGUUCCCCUGCAAGAUCUGCGGGAAAGUAUUUAACAAAGUUAAAAGUCGUAGCGCACACAUGAAGUCGCACCGGCCACUCGACGCCGAGCCGAAACGGCCUAAACUCGAAAAGCCUUAUGAAAAGGUCGAGAGAUCCGAUGACAGAGCUCACGCGACAGUUGAAUGCCAAAGCAAACCCGCACAGUAACCGACUCGCUGUGUCGCUCUGUGGCCCACUAACGACCGCGAUCAGUACUCAGCGUUCACAACUGCUCAGUACAUAGCGCUCAGUGCUCAGUGUUCAGUGCACAGUACUCAGUGCUCAGUACACAGUGCUCAGUACUCGACACACGCCACGCCACACUCGCGCACUGCCACCCCACCCACACUACACAUGAGUGACCCGCUCCGACUCGGAUAAAAUGCUGAAUCAUUUAAGCAUUUACUAUUAAUACACGAUAGAUAAAUUAUAGAAUAAAUUAAAAGUGAUCUAGGAUGAGAACGACGUAGUGACUAGUACAUAGAAGAGUAUAGCUUUCGGGUAAAAUGGAUUAAACUACGUAUGUAAUAUAUUUCGUAAUUCUCGUAAACGCUAAGCUUGAAGAGAGCUCAUAAAAUAUUUUGUAUAACGAUUGAUACGUAGAUAGAUAGUUCUUCGUAAAGUUUUUAUAUGACAGACUUCUUAAUGUGACUUGCAAGUGUGAUGUUGUAAAUAAAAGUAAAACACUAAAAAGUUGUUGAUGCGACGCCGCGGUCUCGGUCGAGGCGGAGCUCUAUCCGAGAGGAAUAUUGAUCUAUAUAAGUAUUACAACUAUAUUUAUUACGUGUGAUACAUAAGUCGUGUAGUAACUACACUACCUCGUUCUAUUUAACGUUUGAUUUCGUCACGAGCACAGCUCGAUGUUACAUUUGCUUGUUUGCUCAUUUCGUUGUUAUUUUUAGUUAUUGUUUUAAUUUUUAUUUUUCUAGUCGUUUUAGACAAAUAUUUUCUUUCGCACCACGUAUUUCAAUCGUUAUAUUUUUUGCAUAGUUUUAAUGUUAAGACAUGGGAACUCAAUGCAGCAUCCGUACCUACUAGUCACAUAUCGAUGUUCAUUGUACAGCACUACGUUAGACAAAUAUGACCCAGAUGAUGUGUCACUUCCAACAUGCAAGUGGACAGUUAGAAUUACGAAAAUAAAUUUCCUAAAGAGUUAGGCGGAACAAAGUGAUUACAAAGAACCAAAAACAACGUGGCUUUCUGAACAAAUCCACUUGAGAUUGGAAACACAUACAUCGAAGGGAAAACAGAGAGGAGGGAUAUUUUUUUACACAAAUAUUACGAAUGCUCAAAUGUUCUAUAUUUUAUGUUGGUAAUAUUAUUAUCUUGUUCCUUGUUAAUCGUUCUGAAUGAUGCUAUUGUUUGAUAUUUCGAUUGUAUAGUUAAUUAUGUAAAUGUACGUUUUCUUUGUAUCGAUGUUAAGUAAAUGUAUGUACUUAGGUACACACUGAACGUACGUGUUGUGAUAUGUGUAUGCGUGAGAUACUGUUUCUAUGUGAUCUGGUUAUCAUUUGAAGGUACAAAAUGAGUAAUAACAACUAUUGCUCAAAAUUGUAUUUGCGAGUAUGCUGUAUUUACUUCGCUGUACCCCAAAAUUAAAUACUGCUCUCACGAAUAACAAAUAUUUUGUGGUUGUGAUGUUUAGUCUACUGGUUUGUCGUUUUCGAUACUUCUAAUAUUUAUUUAAUUUUGGGGCAGAAUUCCUCGUAAAAGACAUGUUAACAUUUUAAAAUAUCCUUUAUUUAAAUACUGUUAUUAACAAAAUCCCUCUUAAGGCUUAACAUAAUGCAGAGCGUGUGACGCAACCAGUAUUAUAAAUGUGGCUCUACAUAAAUUAUUUAUCUAAAUGUCUUUGUCGAGCUACGGUUUUGUCGUGUCGCACUGAUUACAAAUGAUUAUAAUUAAUGUUUAGUACAAACCAACUGCCAAAUCUCUGUUGUGAGUUCGUUCUCAGCGCGACAUGGCGCAACAUCCGCGCUUCGCGGACGACCGACUCUACACUAUUUUUUAGUUUAACUAGCAGACAAUGUAAACAAACUGUCGUGCUAUAUUUAAAAAAAUGUCUAGUUUUUGUGUAAUUUUAAAACAAAUGUGCCAAUUAGUAAAAAGGAAUUGAAAUUGAUAUAGAUUAAUCAUCGCUGAUAAAGCCAAGCUAAAAGCUCAUGGCGAGGUAUUGAGUAACACUUGUUUACAUUGUCUGGGAGACUUAUUGGAGAAUACUCUAUCAGAUAUAAUUAUUUUGUCUAUAUUUGCUGACGAUUCGUUUUCCUUCCACGAGUACCUGAACAUACUUGCACCAAAGUACGACGCAAAGAUUUUAUUUGAACUCGACGUGCCACGGUACUACAUAGAUAUUAAUAUUUAUAAGAUUGAAUGUAACGCAUCUAUUUGUACAUCACUAACUUGUGUGAUUAUUUGGUUGUGUUCUAUUUUAACAACGUAGUCAAAUUUUCUAAUGGUAAAAUGUUGAUUCUAUUUCUAUAAUUACUUUCUAACUCGAAAUGCCAAAAGCUAUUUGCGUCUAGUGAAAUGCGCGAUAAGCGUUAGAAAAAUAUGUUAUUAGGAACUGGUAUAAUAGAAAAUCUUAGAGGUGUCAUUGUUUUAGACUAAGAGGAUGCUAUUGAAACCCCAUUUGUGAAAGUGUUUCGCAAAGUUACGAAUGAUGUGCCAUUUAUUUUUAUUAAAUAUGGAAUUGUGUAGUAACAGGACACUCCGGCGUAGGUCAAUUUAUCGUUUGUCGAAUCUGAGGGCGUACAAUUAUUUUCAUAAAAUAAGAAUAAUGGACUAGCUCGUAAAACAUACUACUUACCUUGUAAAUACUGAAUAUUUUUUCAUGUUAAAUUAACUGUACCGAAGAUAGUCCUACGUUAAAAUUACGAUUUGAAGACAAAUCCCUCCAGAAAUAAUUUUUAACAAUACUAUUAGCAAUUAAGACUGAAAGGUACUCUCUAAAGUCUUUGAAUUUGAUUGUUUAUGCAAGUGGUAGAAUUGGUUCGGUCUUCGUUCAUUCGUGAUGUGUUCUGCUUGUGUUGGUGUCACGUUGCCAUUAACCCAUUCCACGUGCCAAACCAUCAUACUAGUCAGGGUAUAGCUUUAUAGAUUAUGCCCUUAAUUUAUUUAACCAAUUUAUUACGUAGCGUGAGAUCGAUGUUUAGAUCGCGGCCAACUUAGAUACCAUUAGUGUUAUGUCGCUGUAUUCGAUAGUAUAUGCAUCAUGCACACAAAUGCUAAAUGUAAAAUUAUAACAUAAGAGCGAAGAUAUUACAAACUGAUUUCAACUUAAAUAUAGAAGUGCCUUACAAUUUAAUUUUUAUACUAUCUUUAUUUUUAUUUAUUUAAUCAAAGCACUGGGUAUUUGCAUUUAUUGAAUGGCACUGGCCCACUGCACGCUCUGGCACCGCAGAGCGAUACGCUCAGUGGGCCGUGUCGAAGUUUCAUCGUUAUCUAUUUACGUUUUUUUUACAUAAAUAAAUCUAUAUUAGAGAGUAAAAAUCUAGAAGCUUGCAAAUAUUAGAAAUUCAGAAAUGUUAUUUUAGAUAAUUUAGUUUAUCGAAUAAUAUAAACAGCAACAAGAGAAUAAUCAUUUAUAACAAUAACUACGUGUCAAUUGUUCGAAGUGUAACGUAUUAUGUGAACAUAAAGUAUAAAAUCAAAUUGUAGCGACGUAAACAAAUCCAACCGAAUACAGCAUUGUAAAUUAAAUCAACCAUAUAUCUAUAAAGUGUUACUGUUUCUUAAUUUAUUUUCGCUUUACUACAUGAACGUCCUUACCUAAUUCUUAUUUAUGUAAUAAUAGCCCGAAAUGGCACUCUAGUGUAAAUGUAAGUACUUCUGUAUUUGUGUCAACACAUAAAAAUGUUAUAGUAUUAAUAUUUUGUAAGUCUAAAUGGAUACUAUAUUCUUCUAAUUUUGUAUCGAAUAAAGUAUGCAAUUGGUGCGUAUGCGCGUACGUCCGUCGCGACUGGCGCGUCAGGCGUGCGUACAGUAUAUCGCAAGACCGCACGCGCAUGCGCGCCGCUUCACCUCGGUGUACUUACGUACCUAAUACGUACUAAACCUGUACAUAACUGUAGUCGGUUAACUGAAACGUGCCAAAUGCACGAUAAUUGAUAUUACACUCUGUGUUGUGAUUUUGAACGUUCUGUACAUUACAAAAAUCUUUAAAGUACUAUGGGAAAAAUUUGUAGACACCUUUUUAGAUUAGCACAAUUCUUCGCGUAGACACACUAGGCCAAAGUUUAAUAAGCAUUUAGAUUUAACAUUGGAGUAGGUAAUCAUUAAAAGAUGUAAGUGUACUAGGUAUAUAGAAAGAUUCAUUGUUAUAUUCAAUCAAUGUGAUGAUUCGUAUGAGCAACGACUAAACUCGAGUCCUGUCCCCUGCGCCGCUGGGCGACUCUUCACAACUUCGCAUAUCCUUGAAACAAUAAGUAAUAAAAUUAAACUCUAUUAUAUAUAUACUGAUAAAUUUAUUAGGGUAACUAAUUUUUUAAGACAAUGACUAUUACGUGAUCUUUUAGAUUGUCUUUAUUAAUAAAUAUAUGGUGAAGGUUUUGUCAA